CCCUCGCCGCCCCAACCCAACCACUCCGACUCCGCCCCCAUCGAAGCUUCGAGAAGCUUCCAGGAGCUACGGUUUCCCGUGCCGACCUAUGGCCGCCGCCGACGCGGUGCUGCCCUCGCCGCCCCCGCCAGCGCGGAUCGUCGUCGUGGUGCUGGCGCUCGCGCGCUUCGCCCUCGCCCCGAUGCUGGCGCUCGGGCGCGUCCUCUGCGUCGCGGCGGGGGCCCUCCCCUACCUGUGGUUCGCGGCCGCGUGGGUCAUCUCCGCGGCCUCGGCCGCGCAGGUCGUGGCGCUCCGCGCCUGGGGCGAGGGCUCCGCCCCCUUCCUCUUCCUCCAGGUGUUCACGUCCGGCGCUUACAAGGUCUGCGCCUACAGCUUCCUUGUCUUGCUCGCGCUUGCCGCCCUGCUGUUGUGCGGCCUGUGCGUGGCGUACGUGAUUGCAGUUCUAUCUGGAUCCGGUUCAUCAUUCAACAAGCGCGCCGGAGCAAUCGCGUGGGAGUCAGCUGCAAAUCACUCGUUUAGGCUACCCCGUGCCGCGGUGCUUGGAUUGAUCACAGAUGUGUCUUUCUUCCUGCUACUUGUCGCCGGUCUUCUGUUAGCGAUGAUGUCACAUGUGGAGGGAUCAAUAUCUCAGGGAGAAAUGGUCGGCUUAGUAAUCGCGGAUGUGGGGAUAUUUGGUAUGCACGCGAUAUCUUGCAUUCUUAUCAUUCCAGCACUAGCACUUAGUGUCUGGAGGGAGGACCAGGCGGACAGGACAGCACCAUCGCAGUCUUGUUGAGGUGUUCUGCAAUUCAGUGGCUAGUUUUGAGCUAGCCACCAUGUACAUCGAAUUUGCACCUUUGACUUUGAGGCACUCAACCAUCCAAAUUAGGCUGUCAUGCGGGCCAAGAAGAAGUAUGCUUCAUAUGCUGAGUUGCAAUUGUUGUCCGUUCCCACUCUUGAUCUAAAAAAUACUUCUCCCUGGUCUAGUUGCGGCGGCAUUGUAGUGAGCCUUACCAUGUUGGUAUACUACCACCACUACUACUACUGUACAUAGAUCAGUACAUACAAAUUUAUAAUUUAGUGUGCUUAAUAUUGAUAGAAUCUGCACAACCGCAUUCAAGUUCUAGUUUUCUGCAGCUUAUCUAAUGGAACACUGGUUUUGUU